AUGCCACCAAUCCCUCGAGGCCAGCUGGUGCGCCGCAGUAGCAGCUCCAACAGCCGCUAUGCUAUCAUCUUUGCUGUGCUGGGCUCAGUCAUUUUGGUGGGUGGCGUGCUGUGGGGUUAUUUGCUUCCCAGGUGGCGAAGAAAGCAUCAGAGGCCUGUUCGAACAAGAUACAACUCCAUUGAAGGCAGGAGGAAUCAACAAGCUCAACCAGACCACGACUUGGAAUUGCCAGUCAUCUUCCCUCCACAUCCUGCCGUUGUUGUACCCUUGAACAAGAGGCGACAGCCAAAGGACCCAGGUCGUGUCCCUUGUUCGAGCUCCAUUCCAGUGUAUGAUCCUCGUACUAAGUCGCCCUUCCCAAACACACCAGGAGCUGGAUGUUCUCGACCAUUGACUGCAGAUAUCUCGUUGAAAUAUAAGUCUGUGGUGCCAGUGACCAAACCGACAAGCCUGCACGCCGUUAGAUUGCGGCGCAGCCAAUCUCACAAUACUCCGAUUGCCGUAUAUGGUAGUGCAUUCCCUAGCUCUCGAAGCACAUCGGUACGGCAUGCGAACACGAAAUAUGUCCACAACAAUAGCACAAAUAAUGGCGGGUGUUCAUUUCUCAUUGCUCGGUCAGCGGGUGCUCCUCCUGCCAGGUCUAAGACCGCUAGCAAAGUACCAGAAGGGUCAAGACACCAUACAGAAGACCGAAGAGCUCCUACCACGUUCCCUGAGGAUACACAAUCAGCUAUUACUGCUUCACGCUACCAGCACCUAUUCGAACGGGAUCGUCUUAGGGUAUGCGGGUGCAACGUAGCUGCAGGUAUUAAAGACAGAAUUAUCAAAGAACAAAUGUCAAGACAUAGGCAAGGCCCGCUAUGUACACCCUUUCGAUCUGGAUUUGACUGCCAUGAUAUCUUCGAAACACCAAGCUCGCGAGGUACAACCAAUACGACACACUUUGAUUCGUCCACCCAUUGUAUUCAUGUGAAUUCUACGCCGCCAACGGGGCCCAAUUCCUCUAUCAUCCAACCGCAACAACAUGGCAUCAGUCCUUAUCCCGACAUCUCAAAAUUGGUUCCUUUACGAAAAUUCAGCCACCAAAUCGCAACCACGAAAGCGAGGCGAACCCCAAGUGCAGAUGUUGUGCUAGAAGGAAGCUCGGUUUCUUCUGGAGAGGCCCAUGAGUCCAAUCAUGCCUUCAUGCGUGGACAUCGGCCUGUAUCAGCACCGCCGAGCUCCAGCAAAAGAAUCGCAAGAAUAGAUGGGCACCUGCCCGACCAUCCAUCGCUUCCCGAACUUGAUUUUGUUACAGAUAUUCAUCUACUUGGAAAGGUCUCGGCGAAUUCGCAGAGCUCAUCGGCUGGCUCUCUAAACCUCUUUCCAAGACCUCUUACCUUUCGUCGCACCGUCACUAAUCCACCUCCUCUGGUCUCACCAACCCCAGUUGGACGCGGUAAGCAAGACGCUGCAUUCUCAAAAGACUGUUUGCGUUGCGAACAUGUGGAAGAGCGACCAAUAACAGGGGAAAAGUCACCCAAAAUCAAGCGGCGCAGCAGCGUAUCAUCUGUCUUCUGCCUUCCUGGCAGUCAAGAUGCGUUAUCUGCAACGAAGGCGAAUUAUGCAUUCGAAAAUAUCGAAGGAAACCCCUUCACUAAUCGACUCGGCUUAGCUCGGCUGGGAAGCAAUAAGAGACGCUCAUCUAAUGCUUCACUUUCAACCCUGAAGAUUCCAAGAUCGUUCCGGCCUAGCAUUUCACGAGGAGGAAGCAGUAUCUACAGUCGUGACAUCAAAGACACGAGUGUUCCGCAGCGUCCAGGGCUUGCCAAUGAGUCUCCUGACUCAUUGCAAUCGUUACCACGGCCAGGUCUAAAGUUAGCAACGUCUUAUGACGAAACUCCCAUCCGAGAUUUUGGCCAAACAUCACAAGAUCUCGAAGCUAAGCAUGAUGUCUCAACAUGCAGGAGUCGAGAAAGCCAGUCUAAGAAAGACGGCUAUAUCCCGCACACCCCGACUCCCCCGGCCAGAAGCCCCCUACGAGAAGCACCGCAAGUCGGAACAGCCUCCUCUGAAACUUUCGGCAGGAAAAUGUCAAUACCCAGAAUCAAUAUCGCAAGAAGCAGUGACGAUGUCUUUGGUGCUGCUCCGGUGAUGGCAGAGGGUAGGAACGAUAGGGCUGUAGUGGUAGAAGAUGGUCGUGUGUUGAAGAGAGUCAGAGCGGUGGAGUCGAAGCUCAGUCAGGAGGAUUUGGCGAGGUAUGGUGGGAAGACUGCGCCGGGUGGGGUGGGGUGGAUUUGA